AUUCCUUAGCUUUUUCACUUGCAAUAUUUGGUCAAACUGCAAACAUGAAUACCUGUUUGCUUGGGUUGGUCGUAAUUCUUCAUUUCCUAGGGUCUUUGCGAGGUGUAAAUGCAGAGGUAUUGGCUCCUAUUCAAUGCAAACUGGGUAAGAAACUGUGCAACGAUGGAACAGAAUGCGUUUCCUAUAACCAUGUGUGUGAUGGAGAGACUGACUGCAGGGAUGGUUCUGAUGAAAAAGACUGUGCUGUUGGCUGCAACACAGACCAGUUCCAGUGCGCGCAUGGGAAAAAGUGCAUAGACCGGAGUGAGGUGUGUGACGGAGAAGCCCAGUGUCAGGACCGCUCUGAUGAGGCGGAUUGUGUGGCGCACAUGGAGGGCUGCUCCCACCACUGUGACAACAAGACCCGCUGCCUCCCCGUCACCUUCCUCUGUGACGGGGAGAGAGACUGCCAGGAUGGUACAGACGAGGCCAACUGUGACUCAGAUGACCGUGUCCCAACCUCAACUCCUGCACCCCGCAAUUGUCGCUUGGGAUCAAAGUUCUGUGACGACAAGACUGAGUGUGUUCUCUACAACCACGUGUGCGACGGAGAGGCUGACUGCACAGAUGGCUCGGACGAGAAGGGGUGUCCAUCAAAAUGUGGAAAUGGGGAGUUCCAGUGCGCCCAUGGGAAGAAGUGCAUCGACCACCGUCAGCUGUGUGACGGCGUGGCCCAGUGUCAGGACCGCUCUGAUGAGGCGGAUUGUGUGGCGCACACGGAGGGCUGCUCCCACCACUGUGACAACAAGACCCGCUGCCUCCCCGUCACCUUCCUCUGUGACGGGGAGAGAGACUGCCAGGAUGGUACAGACGAGGCCAACUGUGCUGACCUGAGGUGCAAUGGUGGAGAAUUCCGAUGCAGCAGUGGUCAGUGUGUGUCCAUAGGCAUGCAAUGUGACGGCCAUCCCGAUUGCAAGGACCGCUCUGACGAGGAGAGCUGCGCCGAGCUGCCAGAAUGCCCCACCUCACAUUUGUGUCCCCACAGCAAGGAGUGCCUGAUAGAGGAAUGGCUCUGUGACGGCUACAAGGACUGCAAAGAUGGCACGGAUGAGAAGGAUUGUAAGUCGGUCAUGAUGGAGUGUGGAGAAUUCCAGUGGUCCUGUACCUCCAAGACCCAGUGUGUCCCCAAACUCUGGAGGUGUGACGGAGCGAAAGACUGUGAAGACGGAAGUGAUGAAACAGGAUGUGGUAUUCCACCUUGCCUCCCUCACCAGUUUCAGUGUGGUAGCAUGGAGUGUUUGGAUGUUGCACUGGUGUGUAACGGGAUGACCAACUGUGCGGAUGGCUCUGACGAGGGAGGAGAUUGUCAAACCAAGUGUCCCUUGCCGGCCACAGCCCACUGUGCCCAGGACUGCCACAGCACACCACAGGGAAUGCGGUGCUGGUGUCAAUCAGGCUACAAGCUCCAGGAAGAUGGCAUGUCCUGUGUUGACACUGACGAGUGUAAAGACAGACACCCAGGUGUUUGUAGCCAGCUGUGCACCAACACAGAGGGCUCCUACAAGUGUCGGUGUAGCACUGGCUACAUCCUGGAGGCUGAUGGCCGCAGCUGCAAGAUCACAGGCGAGCCCUUCCUGCUGGCGUCGGUUAAAACGGAGCUGUUCCUUUUCGGCCUGCUCGGCAGCAGUCUGGACGUCCUCCUGUCCUCGGCCAAGAAGGCCAUCCUCUCUGUGGACUAUGACUGGAAGGAGCAGAAGGUGUUCUGGGUCAGCCUGGACUCUGAGAGCAUCAGGUGGUCCUCGCUGGACCAGAAGAGCAAAGGCACGCUCAUCAACGGUGUUAAAUCUGACUGCAUUGCUGUUGACUGGAUCGGGAGGAACUUGUACUGGAUUGACGGCGUUGGGAAUCAGAUCAUUGCCAUCAGAUUAACCACAGCCGUCACGAACGCCCUGGACUACAGCGUGAUCCUCGAUGAGGACUUUGAGCAGCCUCGCUCGCUGGCUCUGCUGCCACAGAAGGGAAUCAUGUUCUGGUCGGAGAUUGGAAACGACCCAAAGAUCGAGCGGGCGGGGAUGGACGGCUCUGAGAGGAGGGUGGUGGUCGACCGCAACCUCAGCUGGCCAGGGGGCGUGGCCGUGGACACCCUGGGGGAGAGGGUCUAUUGGACAGACGAGAGACUGAAAUGCAUUGGAUCGGCGACUCUGGAAGGAGAGGACAUCAGGAUACUGCAGAUGGAGGAGACCUCCAAUCCCUUCUCUCUCACAGUGUUCAACGACAUGCUCUACUGGUCUGAUGCCAAGAGGAGAACCAUUCAGGGAACCCAGAAGAUCACCGGAAAGGGUUAUCAAGUUCUCUUCAAACGGCCAGGGCAGCCUUUUGGAUUAAAAGUCAUCCAUCCGCUGUUGCAGGCAGCGACAGAGAGCCCCUGUGAGAGGCUGCGCUGCUCCCACCUGUGUGUGCUGGCCCCGGGGCCCAAGGCCGUCUGCAAGUGUCCCUCUGGCCUGCUGCUGGCCGAGGAUGGCCUCACCUGCUCCAACCUGGUCACCUCCGCCUUCCUCCUGCUACUGUCUCGCUCAACCGUCACCCAGAUUCACCUGCAGGCCAUGCACAGUGCCGUCAGCCUGAAGGGCUGGCCCGAGCACCUGGCCCUCCUGCUACCCAGCAUGAACGAGGCGGCCACGCUGGACUACUCUCUACGGGAGCACACUCUGUACCUGGCGGACGCCGGCCAGGCCUCGGUGGGGCUCUUCAAGCUGAAGGAGACGGGCCUGGUUCCCCGGGGGCAGCUGCUCCGCCUCCUGGGCGACGCGGUGACGAGCAUGGCUCUGGACUGGGUCACUCUCUCCCUGUACUGGAGCAGCAUCAAGCAGCCCAGGCUGCAGGUGACGUCGGCCAGCGGCGCGCACACCGCCGUCCUGAUCCGAGACGCCGUAGGGAGCUUGGAGUCCAUCGCCCUGCACCCGCUCAGGGGGAGAGUUUGUUUUAUCAACCUGGUCAGGCAGGAGGGGGGCAGCGUUCAGCCACGGGUGGAGUGUUCCCACAUGGACGGGUCCAGGAGACUCCUGGUGUGGGCCGAAGCGGUGCGGCCCACCGCGUUGGUCUUUUCCAACAGCGGGAAUGAAAUCUACUGGGCUGAUAUCAGUUCUGGGGUCAUUGCCUCGGUCGGGGUGGAUGGUUCAGGAUUCAAGGCGUUCCAGACUGGUGAUGGUCUGACUGCAUUUGCCCUCAGUGAUGAAAUGCUGCUCUGGAUGACGGUCAACGAUACAGCCAAAGUGUGGUACAGGGAUAAACGGCAGGUGCAGAUGCUAUGGUUUGAGGUCAACACCGGGGUUGUGAGUAUGAGGGCCUACAGCGAGUCCAGCCAGAGAGGCUCUAACCUCUGUACUGUUGACAAUGGAGACUGCCAUCACCUGUGUCUGGCUGCCCCUGGCGGGCGAAUGUGCAUGUGCGCCCAUGACCACCUCUCUGUCAACGGCACGCGCUGCGUCCCUGACCAGCGCUGCGUGGCAGGCAGCAGGUCGUGUCUGGAUGGGAGCACAUGCCUACCCCUGCAGAAGUUCUGCGACGGCCAUGUGGAUUGUUCCGACCACUCUGACGAGAACUGCGUUCACCUCAAGGCUGAACGGGUAACCAAGACCACACCCCAGCAAGACCCCAGUCCUACCCCUCCCUCUACCUCUGGUUCCUCGAACACCACCACCGACCAGGAUCGCCGGGACGACCAGGAUCGCCGGGACGACCAGGAUCGCCGGGACGACCAGGAUCGCCGGGACGACCAGGAUCUCCUAGGCGACCAGAGUCGCCGGGACGACGAGGAUCGCCGGGGCGACGAGGAUCGCCGGGGCGACCAGGAUCGCGACCAGGAUCGCCGGGGCGACCAGGAUCGCCGGGGCGACCAGGAUCGCCGGGGCGACCAGGAUCCCCUGGACGACCAGGAUCGCCGGGACCACCAUGAUCUGGUGAGAAACCUGGAUGCCCAGCAGUGCGACGUGAGCGAGUGCAGCGGUAACCGAGUGUGUGGGGAGGGCGACGAGGCCGGCAGCUGCGUGUGUAGCCUGGGCUACAGCAGAGAGUCCUGUCAGAACCGGCUCUUUCAGGGCCCUCUCUUGUAUGGCGCUGUAGCAGCGGGCGCUGGGGUGGUCGCACUUGCAGUCCUCGCUUUCAUCAUCAAAAGACACAAGGCCUCCAGGAGGGCCAGUCGAGUAGUAAAGGAUACUAGUUUGACUGACCUGGAGAAACCUCUGGAGACCCCUGUGGAGACCCCUGUGGAGACCCCUGUGGAGACCCCUGUGGAGACCCCUGUGGAGACCCCUGUGGAGACCCCUGUGGAGACCCCUGUGGAGAUGCUCUCAUCUCAAUCUCAACCCAAUGAGACCCACUUCAUAGAAGAAGUGGUGGCUUUCGUGGACUAAGAACUGCAUGUUUACAUGCUCCUGUCAAAUAAACAAAAAUAUAUAUAUUUUUCAACUGUGUAGUUCUGUGGUGUUAAAGCACAUCAUGUUACCCUUAUGUUUUGUUCUCCUUUACCCAUUUCCUCAAGUAGCGAGUCCACAUUAAUGUCUUAUCGUCUU